GAUAAGCCGAGCACGCCUCCUAUCGAUUGUACAAAAAGAUAAAUACAAAAUAAAUAUUACAAAAAUUAAAAUUAAAUAAAAUUGCAAUACGAAAUAAGGACUCAACAAACUUAAUGAGGAAAAGCCGGCGAAAGAACUCUGCCCGCCAUUUGAAAACUUGAGGAAAUAAAUUUGCCAGCAGAUCGAAAUUCGAAACAGAGCAACUGGGGAAUCGAGGGUAAAGUGAGUCCCGUCAAGAAGUUGCCGAGAUGCUGGCUAGCGAUUCCUCAAUACCGGAUGUUCAGGAAGCGCCGGUGGCAAGCAAAGCAACAAGAACAUCACCAGAAGACGCCACACCGCCGGAUUCUGUAAAAGAUCAGCCCGAGUACAAUGGGGAUGUGGAUGAGGGCGACCGUGAUGGCGAUGGUGAUGCCGAUGCCGACACGGAUGCCGAUGCGGAGGCUAGCGCCCUGGAGGCCGAGGAGCGUGAGGAGCUGCAGCAAUUCAUCAACGAGUUGCGCGACAAAAUCGAGAGCAAACGGCAGCUGCGACUGCAGAACUCCACGUUCGAGCUGCCCGGCGAGGAGUACUUCGCCAAACUGGACUCCAACCUCAAGAAGAACACAGCGUUCGUUAAGAAACUCAAGCUCUUUACGGCCACCCAAUUGGAGAGCAUCCUGCGCGAGUUGUCCGCCUUGAAUCUGAGCAAGUACAUCUCGGAAAUCUGUGCCGCCCUCGCCGAGGCCAAGCUGAAGAUGACCGAUGUGCCGGCGGUGGUAACGCUCGCCUCCCGACUGCACUGCACCUACGCCGAUUUCGAUGCCCACUUCCUGGAGGCCUGGCAAAAGGCGCUGAACAUCAAGGCCAGCGAGAAGAUCGCCAAUCCAAGCAAACUGCGCGUCGAUCUGCGCCUGUUCGCCGAGCUGGUCAGCUCGGGCGUCAUCCAAAUGAAGCCGGGCCUGGCCCAGCUCGGCGUGGUGCUGGUCCACCUGAUUGCCCAGGACAAGGACGACCACAGCAACUUCUCGAUCAUCCUCUCGUUUUGCCGUCACUGCGGCGAGGAGUACGCCGGCCUGGUGCCGCAGAAGAUGCAGCAGCUGGCCAGCAAGUACAACGUGGAGGUCCCGAAGUCGGACUUCCUCGGCGCCGACAAGCAGCUCAAUCUGCGCACCAUGCUCAAGGGCUACUUCAAGGCGCUCUGCAAGCACGUGCUGGCCGAGCAGGCCGAGCUGAUGAACAUGACCAAGAACAUCCGGCGCACGAUGGAGUGCAAGGGCGAGAUAUCCACGGAGAAGCGCGAGAAGUGUGAGCUCAUGCAGGCGGGCUUCGACAAGCUGCUCGCCUCGGCGCAGUCGCUCUCCGAACUGCUCGGCGAACCGCUUCCCGAGCUGGCCAAGGAGUCGGAGUGCUGCAAUCCGGGCACGGUGAUUGACAACAUGCUCGACAGCGCCGCCUUCGGAGUGCUCGAUCCCUGGGGCGACGACGAGACGCGCGCCUUUUACACCGAUCUGCCGGACUUGCGGCAGUUCCUGCCCAACUUCUCGGCACCGAAAGUGGACUUGGAGACGCUGGAGGAGCCCAGCGAACUCACCGAGGAGGCCAUCGAUGCGAAUCUGGACGCGGAAAUGGAUCUGGACGAUCCGCCGUCCAACGCUUCGGACACGGCGCUCGAGAAUGCCAGCGAGCAGGAGCAGCCGACGACGCCGGUGGCCACUGGCAGCGCCAGCUGCGAUGCGGACGUGAAGCCGGUGAAGAUGGGCAGCGCCCUGAUGGAACUGGGACGCCAGCAGCAGAGCCAGCAGAACCAGCAGAACCCCAGCCACAGCCAGACGCAAAUGCGGCAGCAGUUCGACAGCUUCCUGGUCAACCUGUUCAACUGCGUGAACAAGGAGCUCAUCGACUCGGCGGCCAUCGAGUUCCUGCUGAACUUCAACACGAAGCACCAGCGCAAGAAGCUCACGCGCACCAUCUUCUCGGUGCAGCGCACGCGCCUCGACAUCCUCCCAUAUCUGUCGCGCUUCGUGGCCAUCGUGCAUCUGUGCAACACGGACAUGGCCGCCGAUCUCACCGAUCUGCUGCGCAAGGAGUUCAAGUGGCACAUCCGCAAGAAGAACCAGCUGAACAUCGAAUCGAAGCUGAAGAUCGUGCGCUUCAUCGGCGAACUGGUCAAGUUCGGCCUGUUCAAGAAGUUCGAUGCCUUGGGCUGUCUGAAGAUGCUGCUGCGGGACUUCCAGCACCACCAGAUCGAGAUGGCCUGCGCCUUCGUGGAGGUGAGCGGCGUCUAUCUGUACAACUGCCGCGAUUCGCGACUGCUGAUGAACGUCUUCCUCGACCAAAUGCUGCGCCUGAAGACCGCCACGGCGAUGGAUUCGCGGCAUGCGGCCCAGAUCGAGAGCGUUUACUAUCUGGUGAAGCCGCCGGAGUCGGCGAAGCGCGAGCCAACGAUCCGGCCGCCCAUGCACGAGUACAUCCGCCAUCUGAUCUUCGAGGAGCUGUGCAAGCAGAACGUGGAGCGCUGCAUCAAGAUGCUGCGCCGCAUCGACUGGCAGGACCCGGAGACGAAUGGCUAUGCCAUCAAGUGCCUCAGCAAGGCGUACCUGCUGCGCUUCCCGCUCAUCCGCUGCCUGGCCGACCUCGUCUCCGGUCUGAGUUCGUAUCAGCCACGCGCGGUGACCAUCGUGAUCGACAACGUGUUCGAGGACAUUCGCGCUGGAUUGGAGAUCCACUCGCCGCGAAUGGCCCAGCGGCGCAUCGCGAUGGCCAAGUAUCUGGGCGAGAUGUACAACUACAAGCUGGUGGAGUCGACGCACAUCCUCAACACGCUCUACUCCAUCAUCUCGCUGGGGGUGUCCAUGGACCAGAGCGUCGUCUCGCCGCUCGAUCCGCCCGACAGCCUGUUCCGCCUGAAGCUGGCCUGCAUGCUGCUGGACACCUGCGGUCCCUACUUCACCAGCCAGGCCACGCGGAAAAAGCUGGACUACUUCCUGGUGUUCUUCCAGCACUACUACUGGUUCAAGAAAUCGCAUCCCGUGUUCAGCAAGUCGGAGAACACCUCCGACCUGUUCCCCAUCCUGGUGGAUCACACCUACCGCGACUGCCUAGCCGGCGUGCGGCCGAAACUGAAGCUGUACAAGAGCCUGGAGCAGGCCAAGGCGGCCAUCGACCAGCUGCAGGAGAAGCUCUAUCCGCAGCUGAAGGCCAACAGCACCCAGGAUCCCUCGCUGGCCACCAUCAGUGAAAUCAGCGAGCUGGACGAUGGCAUAACUGAUGAGGACUCGGGCUCCUCGAAUGACCAGCGGGAGCGACAGGUGGCUGGCCAGGAGCCGGAGCAGAGCAAUGACUGGACGGAGAACGAGGCGGAGCCACCACUGCCGCCGCCUCCGCCGCCGGAAAAGUCCAAGGAGGACCUGGAGUUCGAGCACCUGUACGAGAAGAUGACCACCGACUCGUACCAGGAGCGGCUGAAGGAGCCGAUCAAGGCCACCGCCAAGGACAUACCAGUGCCGAUGAUGGCGCGCCUGCAGAAGAAGUCCUACGACCAGAUAACGGGUGCCCAGGCCUCCGGCAGUGGAGGAGGCUCCCCCCAAGCCGCUCAAAUCUCAAAGUCGACGGCGGCGGCGGCGGGUGCGGCGACGAGCAGUCAGGACGGAACGCCUGGCUCCCCCAGCACGGAUCCGCCCGAUGGCAAUGGGAAAUCCGGAGGAGGAGGCGGUGGCAGUGCCAGUGGCUGUGCCGCCGGAACUGUGCCCUUUGUGCUCAUGGUGCGCGGCAACAAGGGCGGCAAGCAGCAGUUCAAGUCCUUCGUUGCCCCAUCGGACUCGCAUUUGGCCAUCAAUCUGAAGCUGCAGGAGCAGAAGAUCCGCGAGGAGAAGGAGAAGGUGAAGCGGCUCACGCUCAACAUCACCGAACGGAUCGAGGAGGAGGACUACCAGGAGUCGCUGCUGCCGCCGCAGCAGCGCAACUUCACGCAGAGCUACUACCAGAAGCCCAACAAGCACAAGUUCAAGCACCAAAAGGGCGCGCCCGACGCGGACCUCAUCUUCCACUGAUACGCUGCCCCCUCAGCCCCCUCUGCCUGAAGAACCAAGAGAGAGCGGACAGCCUCCUGGCCACCUGGCCGCCUAGCGGCGCAACGAUUACCACUCUCUGCUGCCGGACGACUGCGGCACCGGCGACUGCGACUGCGAUUGCGACUGAGAUUGCGAUUGCGAUAACGAUUACGAUUGCGAAUAACACGGAAUCGAGAGAAGGGAAGGGGCGAGAGCAGCGCUCCAAGAGCCGUCCACUCUCCGUCACCCGGAAUGCCCAGAAGCGCUCCUCUGGAUCGGACUCCCAAGCCCCGUCCCGGUCCUCCACCACCACAACGAGCCACAUCAACCUCAAGCCGUACUUAAGUCAACCGAAAAAGAAAACGAAACCCCUUCCCCAAAACCCCCCCCAAAAAAAAAAAGAAAAGAAAAAAGGAGUCGCGGCAGCUCAAGCCAAUCCAAAUGGCAUCGGGUGCACACGUCCUCGUCCUCGAUACCAUCGUGUAUAUAGCGAGCACUGCUGCUCCCCGAUCCGCAUCCGUAUAUUUUAACACUACAUAGUACGUAAAAUUGCCUAGACUUGUUUCGAAAACAGAACCCAAUUGAAUAACUAAAACAAAAAAUAAGGAGAACGAAUAGCACGUAUACAACGAUACAUACAGAAUGUUAUAGAAUGUUAUACACUUCCAAACACCCACCCACCCACUCGCACACACCCAAACACAUACAUACACACAUCCGGUGAUAUUUGCCAUCCGAUGUUCGCUGUUCCAUUGACAUUUUUAAAUGAAAUGCAGAAUGCAGUCUGAAAAAUAGGAUUUUUCCCUUUUUGGGGGAAAAAUUGUUGGAUGGGAGCGAUUGAUUUUCAGAGUUCCAACAUUUUAACUAUUUAAUUUCCCAUUUUCUUUUGAAUUGCCAGCAACUGAACUAAUUUUUGUAUCGGAUCUUCUCCAAUAAAGAAACUGAAUAUCGGA